AACAGAUGAGUUACUACGUUGUAAUUUAUUAAUCGUUAGGUCGUAUUGAUCAGUCUGAUUGUCAAUAAUACAGCGUCAAAUAUCUCAAAUCUGUGUCAUUAUGAUCUUUUCAAAGCAGUUCCAAUGAUCUGGACGUAUGUUUAUUGUGUAUAUGAGCUGUGUUUUUGUGAAACCUCUGGUCUGGUUCAAAGUAACCCUUAUAUAGGGAUAUUGAUCCGGGAAUGUGUGGCCUCAGUAGUACUGCUAAUAUCAGCUGUUGGGUUAUAGACCGAUCAGUCUGGGUUAUGAAAUGAUUUCCUCCGUGCCACCCUUGGCAUAGUACAUGCACAGGUCAUCUGAGGUUAAACAUGUCGCCUCUUACUUAAAUACGAGAGGCUGUGAAUGUUUUGGGCAGCCUUGUGAAAGUCACUGUCCAGUCCUAACUGACCGUACAAUACAUGUACAGCUGAAAACAUUUAUUAAAAUCCGAGUCAAGCCUGACCGCACUGGAGUGGUUACAGACGGCGUCAAGCAUUCGAUGAACCCCUUCUGUGAGAUUGCGGUGGAGGAGGCCAUCAAACUCAAGGAGAAGAAGCUUGUUAAGGAGGUUGUGGCUGUCAGCUGUGGUCCUCAGCAGGUUCAGGAGACGAUCCGGACGGCUCUGGCCAUGGGUGCAGACCGUGGCAUACACGUGGAAGUGUCCGGAAAGGACUACGAGACGCUUGGUCCCCUGCAGGUCUCCAAGAUUUUCGCUGCUCUCGCUAAGAAAGAGCAAGCCGAUCUGAUCAUUUUGGGUAAACAGGCCAUAGAUGAUGACUGCAAUCAAACUGGACAGAUUACAGCAGCGUUGUUGGACUGGCCGCAAGGAACCUUUGCAUCUGAGAUGACCUUAGAAGCAGACAAGCUGAAGGUGGUGAGAGAAGUUGAUGGUGGAUUGGAGACCAUUAAGAUCAAUUUGCCAGCCGUGGUGACCGCUGACCUCCGUCUCAACACUCCCAGAUACGCCACACUGCCCAACAUCAUGAAAGCAAAGAAAAAGAAGAUUGCGAAUGUGAAGCCUGCAGAUCUGGGAGUGGAUGUGUGCUCACGGUUGGAGGUGCUGAAGGUGGAUGAACCUCCUCAGAGACAAGCUGGAGUCAAAGUGGAGACAGUCGAUGAUCUGGUGGGAAAACUGAAAGAAGCUGGAAGAGUAUAGAGGAAGCAGAUGCAGGAGGGGCGGUGCAGACUAACCCUGAAGGUCUUUCAUCACUGGUGAUGGAGCAGACUUUGAGGCCAGUAAAGUCUUGUUCGGCCCUGUCACAAGUCCAGACCAGACUCAUGUAGUUCAUGUAGUACCUGCUCCUGUGUGUUUCUGACUCUUAUGUUCAUGUGGAUGCUGAGAGACACUUAUCCAUCAACACCCGUCCAUCCCAGCGAGGCCUCGCCAGUUUUUCAGUGCAUUUUAAGACAAAGUACAUCAAUAUUGUAGGGAACACUUUUGAAUGCACUAAUAAGCCUUUAAGUUUGUUUCAUUGAUACAUUCACUCAAAAUCAGAACAGACCUUUUCUGUGCUUCCUGUCAUUAAUUGUGUAAUUAAAAACGUGUUAUCAGUGUACUUCAGUUAUGUUGUUUAAAGAUGAUCAUCAUUUUAAUAGGACAGUGUCUCACAGCAUAACGAGAGAGUAAAGCAUAUUACCACAAGCGCCUCUGAAUGAGUUCUGAUUGUACAGUAUCAUUUGAUGACAAUAAAAAGCUGUCUUUUUCAUAUG